AUGGGAAGUGUUAGGAAGCGUAAAAGUAGAAAACUGGAACGGAAAUCAAAAGUGACAACCGUAAAAGGAUGCGGGAAGAAAGUGAACGUUAGCGUGGAGAACAGGGACCAUUUCAAUCUGGAACAAGGAAAUUCGAAAUGUAAAGAAGGUGCUGUCAAAGCGUGCAAGAAACAGAAUACGCGGAAACGUAAAGUUAGUAUUAGUUCGGAUGCCACUACUAAUUCAAAUGUUUCGGAGGAUGAGUGGGAAGAAGUUGAUUUUAUUGACCAAACUAAUUAUGAAGCAGAUCCUGAUGGUACGGUUGAAGUUACAAUUGGAGUUUCGAAACCUGUCGAAAAGGAGGAGAGCAAGUGGAUGAAAUUUAUUAGACAGCAGGUCAAUCGUAAAAUUCGUGAACGACAAAUUAAUUGUCAUAAGAUGCAUCUUCUCUGUUAUAUUGCACACUUGCGCAUCUGGGCACGCGCCUUAACACGACAUGAGGCGUUAACAUCGCUGUGUUUAUCGUUGAUACCAGAAGGUUAUAUAACCGCAGCGAAACAUGAAUUCGAUGUGGCAAUAGCAGAAAGAUUCAUGAAAUGGUUUCGAUCAAUGUUCCAAUUUACUAAAAAGAAAUACAUCUCCAGAGAUGGCUUUUGCGAUUCUCAGAUAAAAAGACUAGAAGAUCUGAUUGGCGAACGUGCCUACGAAGACGAUAAAGAUUUAGCAUCGCUGUUGUUUUUGUGUCUUUUAUCGUUGAAGCAGUGCACCCGAUUGUGUCUCUCAUGCCAGCCUAUAAAACAGAAAGUGACAAUGAGCAUGUUGCAUUCUGAGCAUACUGAAACGUUUGCUGAAAAGAAUAUCAAUAACGACGACAAUUCAGUAGUAUGGGAAGAGAAACUAUAUGAAGUAACGAAGAAGGUGCAAAUAAAUACAGAUGACUGCAGCGAACAAAGUAGUGUUAAAAAGUAUCAAGAAACGAAAAAACCAUAUAUAAAGAAGUCGAAAAGAAUUGAAAAAAGUAAUUCCGAACAUACCGCACCAGUCAGUAAAAACAAGGUGGAUUCGAGAAGGAAUUACUGGGUAGAAUAUUGGGAUCAUAAUAAUGCUCGAUGGAUUUGUAUGGAUCCGUGGUGCGGAACUGUCGAUAUGCCUGAAAGCUUGGAAACGAAUGCCACUGUACCAAUGCAUUAUGUUGUUUGCAUCGAUAAUAAUAUGGGUAUGCGUGACGUAACAGCUCGUUAUGCUUCAAAAUUCCUAUCAGCUGAAACGCGACGACUUCGAGUUGAUGCUUCGUGGUGGACUGAUACAUUAAAGAUAUAUCAGAGCAAGAACCGGAAACGUGAACGCAUUGAAGAUAUUGCAAUAUACAAUGAACUCCUCUUAAAGCCAAAGCCAGCAACGGUUGCCGAAUACAAAAAUCAUCCACUGUAUGUAUUGAAGAAAGACAUUCUGAAAUAUGAGGCGAUUUACCCGGAAGAUCAGGCUCCUAUUGGACGAAUUCGAGGUAUUGAUAUUUUUCCGCGAAGUUCUCUGUUUCAUCUUGACGGCGCACUGAAUUGGAUGAAACAUGCACGUAUGGUUAAGGCCGGUGAAAAGCCGUAUAAAAUCGUGAAGGGAAGAAUGAAUAAUCGUGCGGCAUCAGAAAUGAGAGAAUCACGGUCCUUAGAGCUAUAUGGGUAUUGGCAAACUGAACCAUAUGUACCACCUAAAGUCGUCAACGGGCGUAUACCGCGAAAUGAAUUUGGUAAUUUAUAUGUUUACAAAAGCAGUAUGGUACCGGAAGAUUGUGUUCAUCUGCGACUAAAUGGACUUGCUGCUAUUUCUCGGCAGCUUGAUAUUGAUUGCGUACCUGCAGUAGUCGGCUGGGAAUUUCAUAAAGGGGGAAAUCAUCCUAUCCUUGAUGGUUGCAUCGUUUUGAAAAAGCAUGAAAUGGUGUUACGUGAAGCAUGGAAACAAUUUCACGAAAAAAAACAAACUGCAGCUGAGAAGAGACGGAAAGAAAGGGCUUUGAGAAAUUGGAGACGUUUGGUGAAAGGAAUGUUAACAAUGAAGAAAGUUCGAGCGAAAUUUCUGGUCGCAGAUCAUCGAAGCAUGCAGGUUGAUGAAAAAUUGGAACCGAGAGAAAGUGAAACGCCUGCUACGGAUGAUACUGCCCUGUCCUGGCCGCGAACAAUUUUCAAUUUGCCUCACUCUAGUGGUGCUGUCGAUCACUGA